AUGUCUGCUCCAGCAACAGCACGUGACACGGAGCUCAACGUGCCCAUGUUGAACAGCGCCAACUACCGCCCCAGCGACCAACCGCACCCGGAGCCGCAGCAGCCGCUGGCGGUGGAGGUGGAGGUGGAGGUGGAGGUGGCGGUAGAGGUGGAGGCGGGGAGGAGGACCAGCAGCGCCAAGGGGGCCCAUUCUCCGCCCCCCGCCUCCUUUAUUAACCGGCUGGUGCAGCAAAACCCCACCUCCCCCCCAACACCCCCGGUCAAUGAAGGGCGCCAGGGGGUUGAGCACAGGCAGCCCAACUCGUACGGCAUAUCGGUUCUGAGGCCCUCCUCGCCCCCGAAGACCGGGAGCCACCCGGUUGGGACCCCCCCGCGGUCUGCUACCCCCCCGGCAGCAGCUACUGCCGUUGGCGACACAGCUGCUACUGCUACUGCUGCUACAGCCCCUCCUAAAGUUAUGGAGUCGCUGGAGGCGGAGGCGGCGGCUGGGGCUGCUGGGAGAGGCGGGGGACCCCGCGGGGGGGACGCGGACGGUGACCUCUCAGCGAAUCUGCCUACCCGGGGGGCCACCCCGAGUAGUGGUGGUGGCGGUGGUGGCGGUGGUGACGGAGCACACCCUCUGUGGGAGUGGGGGGGGUGCUGUCCGGGGGGCCUUAUGUCCGGUGUGCUGCAGUGCGGCCCCCGGGGCAGCUGGGGGAGCUGGUGGUCGGGAGCGCUGAUGAUGUGGCGGAGUACGACAUCACCUUAUAGCCAGUCCAUGGAGAUACCCCUGACGGUGGGCCCCCUCAGCCACCAGCAGCAGCAACCGGCGGAGGGCGCGGAGGGGGAGGUGGCAGCACCCCUUCAACCGCAUGUGGAUGUCAGUUGGGGCCCGCUGGCUGGUCACCGGGUUCGCAAGCAGCUGCCCCUGACUCAGUGGACCGGACCGCCCACACGCGUGACGGUGACGUGUCCCGAGCAGCUGGGGAAUGAGAGCUUCCCUGUGGUGAUCAUGUUCGGCGGGUUUAUGUGCAAGGCCAAAUGGUACCAGGGCCUUGUGGACAGGGUGGUCUCGUGGGGUUACGCUGUCGUACAGUACGACAUCGAGGGUCUGGUGGACAGCGCUGAGUCUGCCAUCCUAGAUCCGCUUCUACAGCUCAUUUCCGUACGUGUACGGGAGGGGGAUCUGCCCGCGGCGCUGGACCUGCACCGCCUUGCCGUACUGGGGCACGGCAGGGGCGGCAAGUUGGCGGCAAUGCACCUCGCGAAGGACGACCUGAUCUCCACUGCCGUACUGCUGGAUCCGGUGGACUUAUGUGGUGAUGAUGGUGGUGGUGGUGGUUUGGAGGAGGAGGCUGGCAGGUGGCUGGAGGUGGUGGGAGAGCUGCGGCAAGCGCUGAACGACAUGCCACCACCACCAACAACAACAUCAACCACACCAUCAACAUCAGCCGCAGCAGCAGCAGCUGCAGCAGGGGGAAGGGCUCCGGUCCCGCCAGGCAGGGUAUCCAGGCCCCCACAGCCCCCACAGCCAACACAUGAUGCUCCAGGGUGGUGUGGGGCCGGGGCCGGGGGCGGGGGCAGGGAUGGGGAGAAAGUGGUUCGCUGGAGGGCGAGGCUGGAGGGGGUGGCGGCAACCCUGGCCAGAUAUGGAUCCAGGUCGGGAUCCAGACCUGGAUCUGGAUCUGAUGCCGGUACGGGGCCGGGUGGUAAGGUGGGGCCCGGGGGAGGAGGGGUUCGGGUUAUGGCCUGCGCCACGGUGGCGGAGGACGCGUCGAGUCCCCGGGAGCCAUCUGACCCGGCGGGGGGCUCCCGGGUGGGGGGGGAGGUGAAGCAGGAGGAGGCGGAGGGCGGCAAGACGCGACCUCGGAAGGCGUUGGGCAUCGUCGGCGCGGCGGUGGGCACCCUGAUUCCCCCCGGGGACAAGUACGGCAAGUUCUGGUCUGAUGCGGCCCCGGGCAGUCGCCUGCUGGUACUUCCACAGUCGGGCCACCUGCAGUUCGUGGAUCUGGAUCCGGUGCGAGGUCGGCUGAUGCCGCAACUGAUGAACCGAGUCCUGGGAGGGGGCGACAGCCAGGACACGGUGGAGGUGGCGGCGGUGUUCACGGCGGCAUGUCUGCACGAGGCCUUCCACGAGGGGCCCCCGGGCGCCGCCAACCCCUUCACCUGGCGAGUGGGGCACUACCAGUACAUGGUUACUGUGAAGAGGGAGCUGGCGGAGGGGUAG